UGGUUGCGUUUUGCCGCCUCGCCGGGUCCACUGGCGUUUCCAGGCAGCGUAAGCGUCUCCUACGAAGUGUAGUCCGACCUCUCAAUUUAUGUUCUGAAGACUUGAGGGCUCUAUGUCACUGAAGAGCGAGCAGAACCCUCGAAGUCGGCCUGGAAACGCUUUCCGUACAGCAAUAUGGCUGCGCCCGUUGACUCUUAGAAAAGGAGUUUUUUCCCUUUUGCCUUGAAAGGGACAUCUUUCACGACCACUACUGAGAUGCGUGCUGUUCUUACGACAGGAGUCUGGGAAGGCGGCGUGCAUUUUUCUGACAAGGGAGGCGGUGAGGUAGGAGGUGGUGGCAGCUGAGUCUGCAUGUAGCCGGCUCCGAGCCUCGCGCUGGUGGGGCGGCCGCCAGAAUUCUGGGCUCAGGGUUAGACUGCCACCAGGAUCUUACGGUCCUCUAGUGGUGGCCUACGAGAAGCCAGGAAGAAUCCGAGCCGUGGGAGUGGAUGUCAAGCAAAGUAGAAGUAGUCUAGAGAGAGGAGCUUUAAGCACAGUAGAUUAGUUUGCUAAAAUAGGAAUUCACCGCUUCCCUGAGCUUGCUUCUCGGCACUGAGGGGUAGGGACGAGAGAAGAGCGCAAAGUCUGGAUACUUGGGUCAAGUAGCAGUUGUGCCAUUAAUAAGAGUUUUAAUUUUGGGCAAAUCACCGUUCCUUGUCUGAGUUUCAGUCUUCCCUGCUAAAUUUCUAGCUCUCAUGAACCAUUACAAGGCCUCGCUAGAAGUGGUAACUGAAGGGGAGCCGGGAGACCAAUACCAGGAUUACCAUCAGCAAUAGCAAUUAGCAUUUAUUUGAGCAAUUGCUACGUGUCAGGCACUGUGUAUAGCAUUUUAUGUAGACUAUCUCAUUUAAUUCUCUAAACUGCCCUCUGAGAGGCAAUAAAAAGUGAUGAAAUUGAGGCUCAGUGAGAUCAAAUAACUUGUCCAUGGUCAUACUGCUGAUACCCAUGGAGUUAGAAGGUUCAGUUUAAAUGCUGUUAGUAGUAACUGUGCUGUUAGCCACUUAAACUUAUCUCUCAUUCUGGCCCCCUCUUCAAUUCUGCACUGCACUAGAUUGAAAAAGCAAUAUCCAGAACUGUAGAUCAUCUCUUGAAAAGAGAUAAGGAAGUUCUGAAAAACCUAGUUUCCUGAGGAGUACUGCUCAGAAGCAGUUACAGACCUGGACCCUAAACCUUCCAAUUUUGUUAAGGUGUAGUGCUUCUGAUGUGCUGUUAAAAUUGCAUUUUGCUCUGCCUAGACCAGUAGUUUGUGAUCUUUAUUAUCCCAUUAUUCCAUUGAUAGCAGUGGUUUACUAGGGCAAUGACACUGGAGAAUGGGCUGACUAAGGGGAAUGUUUGAAAAAACAAGGGCUGUUCUUCUAAUACCCUCUCUUGAAAUUCUGUGACCCUCUCAAGAUAGGUUUAUAUCAUUAAAAAGGCUGAAUUCACAUAGGUAAUUUAGUGUUCUCUGCUUUAACAGGGCACUUUCACCUUUCAAGGAUUCAAUGAUUUCCUGACUUGGACACUGUGUGCUUGGUUGCUAGAUCCACAGACUUAAGCAGGAGAUUGUGGUGGGCCCAGGAAGAGAGUAAGAUCAAAUUGGGUUUACAGAAAUAAGAUCAGGUUUUAACCAUCUUUGGCCGAAUUGACUGACAAUUUUAAAUGUUCACCUCUGGCAUUAAAAGAAGUUUAUAUCAAAAAAGUUGCAAUUUUUCUUAGAACUACUACAUGAAUGCUAAAUGUGUAAAAUUUAUAUACUUAUACAUCAAACGUGCUUGUGUAUAUGGAAUAUAUUUUUACUGAAAUACAGAAUAUUUAAAGACUUGAUCUGGAAAGUUGGGUUUUACUUCUAGUCCCUAAUUCCUAGAGGUGCUUUUUAUGGAAAAGAAUGUCUGUGGUGCACCAGCUGUCAUCUGGGUGGUUACUGGAUCAUCUUUCGUUCAUUAACAAGAUAAAUUACCAUCUUUGUCAGCAUCACAAGCCUUGUUGCGGUAAAAAUGAGCCUACUUCUUCUGUCCACUUUGAUUCUCUUCAAAUGGAUUCUUUGUCUUCUUUUGGACCCUCUGCUACAUAUAUUGCUUCUGAUUUGACCACUAAGCCUGAGAAUGAUGAUAGGGGAAACAGUGACGUGCUCCUACAAAAUUACGUUUUUCGAUCUGAAUUAUUUGAUGUCACCAAACCCUAUAUAACUUCAACUGGUCGUGAAGAAUGCCAACAAAGUAAUGAAAAGGAAGAUCUAAUGGAUGGUGUUAAAAAAGAAAUCUCCACUUCUAUCAUUGGGAAGAAGCGUAAAAGGUGUGUGGUUUUCAAUCAAGGUGAAUUGGAUGCUAUGGAAUACCAUGCAAAGAUCAGGAAUCUGAUUUUGGAUGGAUCUUCACAGUUAGUCCAAGAAGGUCUCAAAAGUGGUUUUCUUUAUCCACUUUCUGAAAAACAGGACGAGUGUAGUGAGCACAUUACUUUACCACUUGAUACUUGCAGUUUAUCAGAAUUAUGUGAAAUGGCAAAGCAUUUGCCUUCUCUGUAUGAAACGGAACUUCAAAUAUUACGGUUGAUGGAAGAUGAUAUGUCUGUUACAGAGCAGGAUUUAUUUUCACGGGUUGUUGAAAACAGCUCUAGCUUCACAAAAAUGAUUACUUUAAUGGGACAGAAAUACUUGGUGCCACCAAGAAGUAGUUUUCUUUUGUCUGACAUUUCUUGUAUGCAACCACUUCUGAAUUGUAGGAAAAAAUAUGAUGUAAUUGUGAUAGAUCCACCAUGGCAGAACAAAUCAGUGAAAAGAAGUAACAGCUCUUGGUCUGUGGAGAUGGUUGCUGAAUGGCACUGGGUAAAAAUCACCAAAUCAGGAGAGUUUGUGUUUCCAUUAGAUUCUCUACACAAAAAGCCUUAUGAAGGUCUUGUACUGGGGAGAGUUCGAGAAAAGACUGCUUUGCCAUUAAGGAAUGCCGAUGAAAAAGUACUCCCCAUUCCAGAUCAUAAAUUAAUUGUCAGUGUGCCCUGUACUCUUCACUCACAUAAGCCACCUCUCGCUGAGAUUCUGAAAGACUACAUCAAACAAGAUGGGGAAUAUUUGGAAUUGUUUGCUCGAAAUUUACAGCCAGGUUGGACUAGUUGGGGCAAUGAAGUUCUCAAAUUUCAGCACGUGGAUUAUUUUAUUGCUAUGGAGUCUGGAAACUGACUAUGAUUUUGAUCAAAACAGAGGUUUUCUUCAGUUUUUCCUCCCUUCUCCCUUCAUUCUUACUCAUUACCUUUUAUUACUAACCAGUAUGCUUAGAAAUGUAAAUAGGACUUGUAUUUCAGCAAAAUGACCAGAAUUGACUAGCCUUCGUGUAGUUUUGAGAUGAAUUUUACUUCAGUUGCCCUGGUAUUCCAUUUUUUUCUAGUCUCUCUACAAAUAAAGCGGUAGACAGUUAAAAAGGUGGCAAGAUGAUAUGCUAUUCAAAAAGUUCAGGAAGUAGACACUGUGAGUCAAAGGUCAUAACCUGCUUAUGGAUGUAUUUUGUUUGGUCCAUAUAGUAUUAUAAAAAAUUUUUUUGAGCCAUUACUGUAAAAAAUCAGGACAUUUUACAUAAAAGUCCAGAUUUCUGCUUCCCUUUAAACAUCAGCAGUGCUGGCUGCUGAGGCCUUUGCUUUCUCAUGGCCUCAGUCUGCUGGCCCUAGUGGUAGUCACUCACUUCACAAGGGCCUGCAUGCUUUAGCUUACCGCGGUGCCACCAACUCUGUCCCACUUGUUUAUAUUAGCUACUUGGCCCAGGUAUGACCUGAAUUUGCAACCUCUAGUAUUCUGUUACCUUCUGGAAAAAGUGCCAUAAAGCCUGCAAAGUAUUGCAUCAGUGUAUUGAGUUUAUGCAGCAUUUUUGGAGGUUUUAAAACUUUUCAACUAUUCACUUUUCAAACAUAUUAACUUUUCAAACACUUCUUAGUUUUGCUUGUUUUCUAGAAGAAAAUUAAAAAAAAAAUUUCUUAUAAAAAUAUCAGAAAAUAAACAUUGUUAUGAUUAUUAACAAAGUAUUUGUAUUAUUUACAGAUUGUCUACAAAUAAGUAUUUGCUGAGUAAAAUGUUUUGACUGAAAUGAUUUUUUGAAAAGCUGACUUAUUAUGUAUUACCUUUUAAAAAACUGAAGCAUAAUUUUCACCUAGUAAAAUCCCGCAGUUUUCAGUGUAGAGUUGAAUGAGUUUUGAAAAUGAAUACAGUUGUCUAUCUACUACCUUAGUCAUGAUAUAGAACAUUUUUGUCACUCCACCAAAUUCCCAUGGGUCCCUUUGCAGUCAGUCUCCUCCUACCCCUUGCCCUUGGCUAGCAAUGAAUGACCUGCUGUCUGUCACUAGUUUUGAUUUUUUAGAAUUUUAUAUAAAUGCAGUUAUGCAGUAUGUAAUCUAUUGUCUGGCUUCUUUCACUGAGCAUUUUGAAAAAAGUAUAUGAUGUACAGAUUUUCUCCAAAUAUUUAUCUACUAAGUAAAAUGUUAGACUGAAAUGAUUCUUUGACAAGCUUGCCCAUUUAUUGAUUUUGUAAAAGAAAAACAUUCUUUUUGAAGUUUGUUUAUCCUUUGAGUGUGAGUAUAGUAUCAGAAGUUUAACUUUUUAGAGAUAUUCUAGCUUGUUAUUUAAAAG